CUUCCCCCCUCAGCCUGCGGCACGGCAUCCAGUGUCUCAGACUCCACUGCUUUAAUUUCCAGCCCCCACCCCCCAGGCCCCAAUGACGAGAACUCCCCCGCCCACGCCUCCACUCCACGCCUCCGGCCAGCCGCAGUAACUGCAGCGCAGCCCAAGCCACCAGCCAAAGGCGCGGCCUUUGACCCGCGCCGGCGCCAUGGCUGCGGACGCCACCGCCACCGCCUCCGCCUCCGCCUCCUCCUCCUCCGCCGCCUACCUCCCGCCGGCGCUCCCGACCUCGCGCCUGGACAUCCAGGCCGCUGUCGCCAAGGCCGCCGAGCUGCGCGCGCUCCACGCCGCGCUCCUCCAAGGCGGCGGCGGCGGCGCCUCCAAUGCUGGCACCUACGCCAGUGCCAGCCGCAGCCCCGCCGUCAUCCGCCUGCCGCCGGCCGCGUCGCCGGCGCUCACCAGGCCGGUCCUCCUGCCCGCCGCCGCCGAGGACUACCCCGUGUUUGCCCCGACUUAUGAUGAAGAGCCCUUGGGUGGAAUGAACUACAUUCGGCAAGAUAACAGGAGUCUAUCCGAGAACUGGAGUGGCAUCGGUUUGGACCAUGAUGGCCUAGAAGACGAGGUGGCAUUCUCGGAUUUCGACAAUCACAACACCUUCUCUUCGUCAAACAGCGAGCUACAUUUUUCUUCAUCAAAUGAGCACCUGCGGAACAGAAAGGCAUGCAGAAACCAUCUGUUACUCCUUCAACCCACCCUCUCUGCUGACAGUUUGAUUAGGUCAGCCAGCAGGUUGACAGACUUAACUGAAUUUAAGGCCGUCACAACGUGUAAUACCUGCAAGCCUGCAACUAUCAGUCGGGACACUGAAGCUGAUGCCAAGUCCUUGAAGAACCUCAAUAGCACCGCGCCCCUGUCAAACUACCACCCUGCUGCCUUCUCCCGGACAAGGCACAAAGGGCCACAUAUUCUCUCCUGGCUCUUACCAAAGUCAAAGAGGAAACCGAAAUCAGACAUGUCGCCGAACACCAUCGAAUGUGAGAACAUGUCACAGCUUCUGAAGGACUGGGGUGUGUUCUCACUGGAGUCCCUGAAGAAAGAGGUUGUUGAGGCCAAUGAGCACAGGGACGCUGCCCUGCAAGAAGUAUCUGAGAUGAAACUAUCACUAGGAGAACUGACUACCAAGCUAGUGAGCCUGGAAGCAUACUGUUCGGAAUUAAAGAAGGCUCUAAAGCAAGCGACGAGCGCAAAGAACAUGCAAUGUCACUCAAAGAGAUCGACUAGGUCAGUUAGCGGGAGCAGAGACAAUUCCUUGCCCGUCAGUCAUGAGGUUAUGGUGGAAGGGUUUUUGCAGAUAGUAUCCGAGGCCCGUCUUUCCAUAAAACAGUUCUGCAAGGUAUUGAUACAGCAAGUUGAAGAUGCUGACAACGGACUAUCAGAUAAACUAAAUUUACUCCUACAGCCAUAUCAAAUCACGCUCAGUGACAAGCACCCGAAACUAGUGCUGUACCACCUCGAAGCUCUGAUGAACCAAGCAAUGUACCAAGACUUCGAGAACUGCACGUUCCAGAAGAACGGGUCGCCCAAGUGCCUCGACCCUAAGCAGGACCGGCAGGAGAGCUUCGCGUCGUUCGUCGCGCUGCGCAACCUGAGCUGGAACGAGGUCCUGAAGAAGGGCACCAAGUACCACUGCGAGGAUUUCAGCCGCUUCUGCGACCAGAAGAUGAGCUGCAUCGUGUCCACCCUUAACUGGUCGUGGCCAUGGGCUGAGCAGCUGCUGCAGUGCUUCUUUGUGGCAUCCAAGUGCAUCUGGCUGCUCCACCUGCUGGCCUUCUCCUUCAGCCCGCCGCUGACGAUCCUGCGGGUUGAGGAGAACAGGGCGUUCGAUCAGACGUACAUGGAGGAUGUGCUGUUCGACAAGCAGCGGUCGCAGAACCAUCCGCUGCCGUCGUCGUCGCAGGUGAAACUCAUGGUGCUGCCUGGGUUCUAUGUCCAGGACAGGCUGCUCAAAUGCAGGGUGCUCUGCAGGUACAACAGCUAGAUCCGGAGCAUAUAUGUAUAUCUGUUGCUGAUUGGAGGUGCUUCUAGUGUACUUUUGACUGAUUGUUAGUGUGAUGCAGUAGUAUUUGUUCUGCUAUAGGUUGCAAAGUGCUAUAUACUGGGAUGCCAGAAUGUCAUUUUGACCGUUGACGUGCCUGUCAGUCAGUAUAUUUGUAACAUACUUGCGCCGUAAGAGAGCCAUGGUCUGUAAGAAAGAUGUAUUCAAGAUUUUUAAUUUAACAGAUUCCUCCCAACUUUUCGAAGGUGAAAAAGGGGGAUUUUGCUUAACAGUUUUCUCCA